AUGGCAUACCAACGACAGACACGCGCCUCCGACCGGGAGCUGCCUCGGCCAGGCAUGGGUUCCAGUCUGAGGUCCGGGGCCAGCACCCGCAGCUCCAACCUCAGACAACCGACGAGGCAUUCGGCUGCACCCAGACAGCUGGCUGGGCGAUUGGAUCGCAAUGGCGCAGUCUCGCCUGCUGUUUCCGUUGCGUCUACGGUGACGGCGGGCACAAAGCGCAAGGAGCGCGACUUCGACGUCUUGGAUGUGAGCACCGGCGAGGAGACCAACAUCAAUGUUGUUGUGCGUUGUCGAGGUCGGAACCAGCGCGAAAUCAAGGAAAACAGCACCUAUGUCGUGAAGGCCGAUAGUGUAAAGGGAAAGUCCAUUGAACUGUUAAUGGGCUCCAACGCUAUUAGCAACAAGUCAUAUGGCUUCGAUCGCGUCUUCUCCCAGGCGGCAGAUCAGAGCAUGAUUUUCGAGGACACUGUCAGGCCUAUUCUGGAGGAGAUGCUUGCCGGAUACAACUGCACCAUCUUCGCGUACGGCCAGACAGGCACUGGUAAAACAUAUACUAUGUCCGGUGAUAUGACGGAAAGUCUCGGCAUGCUCUCCGACGAAGCAGGCGUCAUCCCACGCGUUUUACAGAAACUAUUCGAGAAGCUUGAAGCAGGCGAUACGGAAAGCCUCGUGAAGUGCUCCUUUAUCGAACUAUACAAUGAAGACCUCCGCGAUCUGCUGUCUGCGGAUGAGGGCGCCAAGCUGAAAAUCUACGACGACGCAUCAAAACGGGGCCAUAUUUCUACCGUGGUCCAGGGCAUGGAAGAGAAGCACAUCAAAAACGCCGCCGAAGGGAUCAAGGUGCUGCAGGACGGCAGUUUGAAACGCCAAGUCGCCGCAACGAAAUGCAACGACCUCAGUUCUCGCAGUCAUACUGUUUUCACCAUUUCAACCUACGUCAAGAAACCCAAUGAGAACGGUGCCGAUGAAUAUCUCAGCGCAGGCAAGCUGAACCUCGUGGAUUUGGCCGGAAGCGAGAACAUUCAGCGCUCGGGGGCAGAGAACAAGCGUGCUGCCGAAGCUGGCCUUAUCAACAAGUCGCUGCUCACUCUCGGACGUGUGAUAAACGCACUUGUUGAUCGAAGCGCACACAUACCAUACCGUGAGUCAAAGCUGACUCGCAUUCUCCAAGAUUCGCUAGGAGGCCGGACAAAGACUUGCAUUAUCGCCACAAUAUCGCCUGCAAAGAGUAACUUGGAGGAGACCAUUUCUACAUUGGAUUAUGCUUUCCGCGCCAAGAACAUCAAGAACAAGCCGCAGAUGAAUCCGUUGUUAAACAAGAAGACACUACUUAAGGAGUUCAGUCACGAAAUCGAGAAGCUGAAGAGCGAAUUAAUAUCAACGAGGCAACGGAAUGGCGUUUAUCUAUCAAACGAAGCGUAUGAGGAGAUGACAGCACAAAGUGAGACUCGACGGAUUGUCAUGGAGGAGCAAACUGCCAAAAUGGAAACGCUGGAGAACAACCUUCGCAACAGGGUCCAGGAUCUGCAUGCGCUCAACGUAUCGUUCAUUGGACUGAAGAAAGAUCACGACGGCACUAAAGAACAACUCGACCAAACGAAAAAUGUUCUGGAUCAGACUGAGAUUGUCCUCUCUGCUACGAGGCGGAACUUGGACGAGGAGACUCAGCUGAGAAAAGCACACCAAGAGACCGAAGGCAAGCUGGCCGUCAUUGGGGGAGAGCUUAUUGACAAGCUCAACAAGACUGUCCACGACGUGUCUGGCCUGCACUCAAAAAACAAGCGCAAAUCCGACCUGCAGUCUCUCAACCGAACUGCGUGGGGGACCUCUCAGGGUCAGGUCGCGGAAGUGACGACUAUGAUUGAACGUCGGAUUCAGGAGUUUCAAGACGAACAAAAAGAACACAUCUCAAGCGUUUCUCGUCGGAUGGAAGCCUUUGUCCAAGAGGAAUUACAGAAACUCACAUCGACACAAGCAUUCCUGGAUGAACAUUUGGAGGUGUUUGGAGAGUCUAAGGCGCAGUUGAUUCAGCAGGAGCAGAAAUCAAAGGACGACAUGGAUAAGGUCCUGGAAGAGAUCAAGGAAACUAGGGAUAAUGUGAAAGAACGGGUUGGCGAAAGUCUUCAGGCUAUUUCCAAGGCGGCAGAGAAAAUCUCUGCAGACAUCGUCAGCGAAAUGGCAACUUUUCACAACCAACUUCACACAUCUUACAGCACUCUUGGAAAAGACUGCAAGACUAUCUUCGAUGAACUCGUUAAACACAUCACAACUCAGCGUAGCGAGUCUGAUAACCUACGAAGACAGCUCCAGUCUGCUACAAAUACUAUCGUUCUCCAAAACGCCACUAUUUCCAGUCGAAUGCAGGAGGCCCUUGAAGAGGAGCGACGGCAGGCUGCUGACGAUCGCCAGAAGCUCAUGGUUCAGAUCACGGGUCUGAUCAAUGCCCAAGCUGAGGCACAAGAGACACGAAUUGCGGAACGAGCAACACAGGUGCAGAAGAGCAUCUCCGAUUCAAGUGUGGCUCUUGAGGGAGCUUUCUCAACUUACGCUGCAGGCAUGGAUUCUUGGGAUGAAAAGGAGAGCGAGGUCCUUGAAGAGGUUAAGAAGUCUCGCGAUCAGCUGAAAACGAGACUCAAAGACGACUGGAAUACUGCCAAUGACCGUAGCACGUCUAUCCAGAACACUGCAAAGUCGGUUCAUGCAGAGACGGUACGCGUGGUGGAUGAGCAAGUUGAAGAUCUCGACUCGCAGAUGGAAGCACUUGAUGAUUUUGUCACGAGGGCCAAAUCAGAGAACACCGCCCAUCACGAGUCAUAUUCCCAGUCGCUCAACACUGUGUCCAACACUGUUGAUCAGUCUUUCGGUAGCAUAUCUGGGCACUUUAAGGUCACCUUUGAUCGGGUAAAGAAUCUAGGCGAGGAGAUGGAGGUUGACAUCAACGACAUACAAGAGAGCCUUGAACCUUUGGAGACGCAGCUCUGUCGCCCGUUGGCCAACUUGAGGGAGGAGAUUGCAAGCACAUCACUUCAAGAAUACCAGCCAACCGGCGAUACUCCUCAAAAGGUCCAAUAUCACUAUCCUACAUCUCUGCCUCGGACCCAGCGUCGCAGCAUGAUUAUUUCAGAAAUGGACGAAGCCGGGAGUGAACCUGAUGAGCCAGCUGUCCAAGAAAAGGAUAACAACACCAUGGUUUUUGCCGACUUGGAUAACAGCGAGCAUAGCGAGCUUGCUGACUUGGUCCCCUCUCCCCGACCAUCCACGGCAAAUACUACGUCUAUUUCCCUGGACAAGGCGACGCCUCUGAGCUUGCGCGAAGUUGACCCAAAUGUGUCAUCUAGUAACUUGACAAUUGGGGCGAUCGGAUUUGAGCCCCUGGCUAGCCUUUUGCCAUUCCCCUCGGAUCACACGAUGCCCCUGUUUAAGCACAGUGCACGGACGAACCGUGGUACGAAGAAACCGAACUUGAGUGAGGGGAGAGAGAAUGUGCCUAUCUCGGCGCUUGCACAGAGCACUCAUAGGAGGAAGAGCCCGAGAUUGAAUUAG